AUGAUCUGCCCAAAGUGCAACGAUGUUGUUGAGGAUUUUGUGUUGUGCAAUAAGUGCGGUGGACAGUACCACUAUGUUUGUGCCGGGGUUUCGGAGCUUAGCUACAGAAAAAUGGGAGUGGAAAAAAAAGCCGGCUGGCGGUGCAUUACUUGCCGUUCACCUCAACUCACGGAGACACACCCCUCUUUGUCAGACGUGUUAAAAGAGAUAAAAAGUUUUCGUAACGAUUUUAGCACGAUGAAGGUAGAAUUUACUAACAUAAAAUCUGAUAUUCAAUGCACCAUGCAACAUAUAAAAGAAUUGAGCAGCAAACUUGACACAAUGGAAGGUCGAUUUAUUGAAUUCGAUCGUAGAUUGACCUCUUCAGAGCAAAAACUAUCUACGUUAUCCAUUGUGCAAAAAGACUUAUUAUCGACACAAAAAACUAUAGCUGAAUUAAAAGCGCAAAAUAAUUCACACGAUCAAUAUUCGCGACAGAACAACAUAGAAAUUUCCGGUAUACCGACAAAGAAAGGUGAAAACGUCUAUACAAUAUUAAAUGACUUAUGCGCAACUGUGGGUUUUCAACUGAGCGAUCAUGAUAUCGAUUCUAUACAUCGAGUUCGUCCAUACCCAUCGAGUAGGACGGAAAGCAACAAUGAACCUACUCGGCCGGCGUCUAUUAUAGUGCGGUUUUGCCAGCGGCGGCGCAAGGAUCAGCUGAUCGCAGCCGUGCGCGCGCGCCGCGGCCUCACCACCGCACACAUCGGACUGCCCGGCCCGGCGAGCACCGUGUACAUUGGUGAUCACCUCACUCCAACGAACAAACUACUACUAAAGCGAGCACGCGAACUUAAACUCGAAAAAAACUAUUCAUACUUGCAAGAUAGGAAAUCCACAGACGGGCAGGGCGCGCGGGGCGGCGGCGUGCUCAUAGCGGCACGACGCGAACUGCGCGCGCGGCCCCGGCCCGAGUGGCGCUCGAGGCCCGCCGCCGAGGAGCUAUGGGUGACGCUCGAGCUUGACGCCGCCACGACCGCUGCGGUGGGGGCCGCGCGCCCCUCCCGCCCCGCGCCCCGACCCUGUCGCGCCGCUAACGCUUCCUCCAACUUGCAUGUAGCUUGCUGUUACUUCCCGCACGGUAACAAUCAUUCUGAAUCUUUACAAAACUUUUACGACAACACAUUUGACAUUUUGCAAAAUAAUCUAAAUGAUAAUUUUCUAAUACUUGGAGAUUUCAAUAUUUCUAACGCUAGUUGGGAUAGCUUUAACGAUUCGACUCAAUCAUUUAAACUAAGUACAAAUAGCGACGGCUUAGCGGGGGACUUGUGCGAUUUUAUGAAUUUAUCCAAUUUUAGGCAAUACAAUGGCUGUGUAAAUAGCAACGGACGAGUUUUAGACUUAGUACUUAGUAGCGAUAAGUGCACUGUGUCCAAUUCUACCACACCGUUAACCCCAGAGGAUGCGCAUCAUAAAUCUUUAGAUAUAACUCUCAAUCUACAAACGCAUGCUUUUAUACAAAACGUAAAAACGCGUCUCAAACUAAUUUAUCAUGCGGCUGAUUUUAAAGCGAUUGGCAAAGAAAUAUCGCGAGUCAAUUGGAUUGCUGAUCUAGCCACCUUAAAUACCGAAGAAUCCCAAGAACUCCAUAAAAACACCACUCCAGUGACUACGACUUCCUUGGCAGCUGAUUUCAAUACUUUUAAAAGCUUCAUUCUAUCAGCACUCAACACCUUGCAACGACAAGUCGAAUUACUUAGUCUCGAGAUUGAUCGUCAAGAAAUGCGUAGGAGACGAAAAACGUUACUUUUCCAUGGCAUCACUGAAGAGAAGUCGGAAGACAUUUUAUUAAAAGUCACCGAACUAGUUUCUCGGCAUUUGGAUUUACCGAAUUUCUCUAGUACGAGCAUUAAGUCACUGUACCGUCUAGGUCGACCAACAGAUAAGAGACCUAGACCCGUAGUCAUCAAAUUCAUGGAUGCUGCAGUUCGUGAUAAGGUUUGGUUUUUAAAAACUAAAUUAAAAGGAACAGGUGUCACACAAUCGGAGUUUUUAAUCAAAUCACGACAUACACUAUUUAUGGAGGCACGGCAGCGCUUUGGCAUCGGUAAGUGCUGGACGUGGGAUGGAUGUGUCAAUAUUAUAGCUCCAAAUGGAUCUCGCCAUCGAGUUGAGUGCUUGACUGAGUUAGACAUUAUAACAACAUCUAAGUCUCCUUCACAAGUUGUUGUUGUUACCGUCAACAAGCCAGGUGAAAAAGUACUUGCGCCGCGAUCCAAAAGAAUUGUGAAGAAG